UUUUCCUGUUGUAUUGUGAUUUUAUGAUUAGAGUUAAUGUAGGCCUUUGCUUAUUAGAAUACCUUAAAUAUAAGUAAAACCAUGGCAGAGACGCCUUGGAAGAAAGUUGUAAAAGUCGUUGUACUUGGCGACAUAGGCAGAAGUCCACGUAUGCAGUAUCAUGCUUUAUCUCUCGCAAGUAGCGGACUGAAAGUGAUUAUGAUUGGUUACACUGAGACUAAACCACUGCUGGAGAUACUAGAAAACCCGGAUAUUACUAUCUCGAAGCUGAACCCAAUGAUUUUUAAUAAAGGGCCAAAAUUUCUUCAGUAUGCAAUGAAAGCAUUAUGGCAGACUAUAAGCUUGCUGCUAACGUUGUUCAUUACUGGGCAAUGUGACUACUUACUUUGUCAGAAUCCUCCUGCCAUUCCCACUUUACCAGUUUGUCGGAUUUAUUGCCUAGUUACAAGGGCCAAGUUUAUAAUUGAUUGGCACAACUAUGCAUACUCGAUUAUGGCUCUGUCCCUGCCUACAGGGCACCCACUGUUGAAAUUUUCUAAAUUUCUUGAAAGAUAUUUUGGCCAAUCGUCUGAUGAAAACCUCUGUGUUACGAAUGCAAUGAAAGAUGAUUUGUUGCAGAAUUGGAAUAUAAAUGCCAAGGUGCUGUAUGAUAGACCACCAAAGAUUUUCCAUCCAAUCUCAUUAGAAGAAAAGCAUAACUGGUUUAUGAAAAUUAGCCAGCAGUACCCUGAAUUUGGAUCUCACCGACAGGGGGAAGGGAGUGGGAGCAGGACAGUGUUCACCCAGCUAAUUGACAACAGUGUAUCGUUGAGGACAGACCGACCUGGCCUAUUGUUCAGCAGCACGAGCUGGACUCCAGAUGAAAAUUUUGGUAUACUUAUGGAUGCUUUACAGGUUUAUGAAACUUCAUACAAUCUCACCAAGAAAUUGCCCAAACUUAUCUGUGUUAUAACUGGCAAGGGUCCGAUGAAGCAACACUACACAGAACUACUGAAAUCCAAGGACUGGAAGCAUGUACAAGUGGUGACUCCGUGGCUGGAAGCAUCCGACUACCCCACCAUGGUGGCCAGUGCAGACUUGGGUGUGUGUCUCCACACCAGCUCUUCUGGCCUGGACUUGCCUAUGAAGGUUGUGGAUAUGUUUGGGGCAGGUCUCCCUGUGUGUGCUUUUGAUUUCAAGUGUCUUCAUGAACUGGUGCAGAAUGGAGUCAAUGGGUACACAUUCAAGGACAGUGAUGAGCUUUCCAAACAAAUAGUCAAGUGGUUUCACGGCUUCCCAAAACAUGUGCCACAGAACAAAGUUGCAGAUGCCAUGAGGAAUGAACUGAGCAAAUUCCAGAACUCUAGAUGGGAGGAAAACUGGAAUAUGAGAGCAAAAAGCUUUUUUGAAUCAUGAUAGUGUGUCAAUAUGAUGAUGGGACCAAUUAAAUCUAAGAAAGUACUGUACAGUAGUACUGUAAAUAAAUUGACAAGAUAAUUUAUUACUUUAAAA